CCCUGGCAGAGAGAGCGGGAGGGCGGACACUCUCUGCCGUCAGCUCACUCUCUUCACCUGGCCCUGAAUUCCCUCAACAGAGAGCAAGAUGAAGAUAACAAUCGAAUGAGGCUGUCUCUGCCACUGUCCUCAUCAUUACCAGCUUCUCUGUCCGAUGAAACUGUGAUGACUCCUGAUGCAGAGAACGCCGUCAUCAGUCCAAUCCUGCCCUUCCUGUUUCUGGGGAACGAGAGAGAUGCCCAGGACCUGGACCUGCUACUGCACCUCAACAUUGGCUACGUGGUCAACGUGACCACACACCUGCCCCUGUACCACGUCAAAGCCGGACUGCACUACAAAAGACUCCCAGCCACAGACAACAGCAAGCAAAACCUCAGACAGUACUUUGAGGAGGUUUUUGAGUUCAUUGAGGAGGCAUAUCAGAGUGGAAAGGGAGUGUUGGUGCACUGCCAGGCAGGCGUGUCCCGUUCUGCAACCAUCGUCAUCGCCUACCUUAUGAAGCACACCCUCAUGACCAUGACAGAUACCUACAAGUACGUGCGGAGCCGUCGACCUGUGGUGUCGCCCAACCUAAACUUCAUGGGACAGCUUCUGGAGUUUGAGAGGGACCUUAACUCUGGGGUGACUCCUCGGAUCUUGAUGCCUAAACUUAUUGGUGUGGAGACGCAGGUGUGAAAAAGGUGAAGGAGCCGGAGUGUGUAGCAUUGAUACAGUUGAAGAGAGACAAUUAGAUAUUGAAAUUAAACAGUGCAGCACAUUUAAAAAGAGAAACAUUACACCUGCACACCUUUGGUGUUUGGCAGUUAGUGCACUUUUCAUACUGUGAAACAUGAGACAAAAAGCUGGAUGAUUAAUUUCUUUAAGGAAUAUUUGUUAGACAUGUUGAUCGUCAUUCAGUAUGCUGUUUAUAAGAUAUGUGCCAAUAUUUUCUCUAGCUCUGA